UUUGGGGAACCAUCAACAGAAGAAGUUUAUAUUUUAGGGCGGAAAUAAGCAACGAUAAUCGCACCAACCUUAGCAAUAAGGAUAACGAGCAGCUUUAUGCGCCUUUGAUUCCACAGAGCACCACACGAUGGCCCAGCCACCCUCAGCACUGUGUGUCACCAAAGUGGAAAUACGUGUGGAAUGCAGAGACUUGAGAAAGGCGGAUGUCACCUCAAAGUCUGAUCCUUUAUGUGCUCUGUAUAUGCAACAACAAGGAAAAUGGUUUGAGGUUGGAAGAACAGAAAAGAUAAAGAAUGAUCAGAAUCCAAAAUUUACAAAAACCUUUCAAGUUGAUUACUUUUUUGAAGAAGUACAGAAAUUGAAGUUCAUGAUAUAUGAUGUAGAUAACGAAACAUCUACCUUGAAUGAUGAUGAUUUUCUUGGACAGCUAGAAACUACUCUGGGAGAGGUUGUUUCUGGGAAUCCAAUGACCAAACCUUUGUCUCUGUGGGAAAAAAUACCAAUUAAAAGUCAAAUUAUUAUCAGAGCCGAGGAAAUUCAGAGCAAUAAUGAAAUGAUCAAUUUAUCUUUCAAGGCUGAAAAACUUGAUAAAAAGGACUUCUUGGGCAAGUCAGAUCCUUUUUUGGAGAUCAGUCGUCUUGGUCGGGAUAACCAGUGGCAGCCUGUCCACAGAACAGAGGUUAGAAAGAACACCCUGAAUCCCACGUGGAAACCUUUUAAACUGAAUCUGAACACCCUGUGUUUCAAUCAACCAAAAUUGCAGAUCAAGAUUGACUGUUAUGACCAUGAUGAUGAUGGUAGCCAUGAUCUGAUUGGUGGAUUUACCACGACCUUGACUGAACUCCUGAAGGCUGAGACUAGUCAGGUUGAGUGGCCAGCAAUCAAUCCAAAGAAACAAGCUAAGAAGAAGAACUACCAUAACUCCGGGCUUAUCUAUCUCACAGAAGCUAAGAUAACCAAAGAAUACUCCUUUCUGGAUUAUGUGUUUGGAGGGAUGCAGAUCAAUUUUACGGUUGGGGUUGAUUUCACUGCAUCAAACGGAGACCCUAAGAAUGCGUCCUCUCUUCACUAUAUUAACCCAUACCAGCCUAAUGAGUACAUGCAGGCUAUUUCUACCGUAGGGGCAGUGGUACAAGACUAUGAUAGUGAUAAAAUGUUUCCAGCUUUAGGAUUUGGUGCGAAAAUUCCUCCAGAAUAUCAGGUCUCCCAUGAGUUUGCCCUCAAUUUCAAUCUCCAGAAUCCUUUCUGUGCAGGUGUCCAUGGCAUCAUAGAGGCUUACAAGAAUUGUAUUGGUCAAGUCCAGUUAUACGGUCCCACCAACAUAGCCCCUGUGAUCUACCAUGUGGCCAACUUUGCCCUAGCAGCACACCAGCAGGGUGGAGCCAAGAGUUACUUUGUUCUUCUCCUGAUCACUGAUGGAGUGGUCACUGAUCUUGACCAGACACGAGAGGCCAUCGUGUACGCAUCCGGACUUCCAAUGUCAAUCAUCAUCGUCGGGGUUGGUGCCGCAGAUUUCUCCGCUAUGAACUUUCUCGAUGGAGAUGAUGGAGUUUUACGCUCUGCUCGCGGGGAGCCUGUACGAAGAGAUAUUGUGCAGUUUGUGCCUUUCAGGAGGUUUCAACAGAACCCAAUAGAACUGGCCAAACAAGUUCUGGCAGAGGUGCCCUCACAAGUGACCAAUCACUUCUCCAUGAUGGAACUGGCGCCUGGUCAGCGACAGUAAAAUUGUAAGAACAUGCUCUGUGUUAUGGACUGAAAACUGUUUAUUGUUGAUGGCAAAAUAUUGAGAUGAAUCUUUGUCAUCAAAUUAAGUCACCAAGUGCAAUGAACUAGAGUUUUUUUUUUCUGCUUGUAUGUAAACCAAGAAUAUUUUAUCAAUGAAGGUUUCUGUUGUAAUUGCCAAACUUGAGUUGUGUUAUCAUAAAUUAAUGAGGAAUAAUGUGUAAAUAAGAACAGAUUUUUUAAUUGAAAUUUCAGUAAUUUUAGUGAAAAAAUUUACUUUGCCAAAAUCUAUCAACCUUUUCAAACAUCUUUAGUUGAAGAAAUAUGAAAUUAUCAAUAUCAAAUCUGUUUGGUGUGAUUUUUCAUCCACCUGAUAUGUUAUAUAUUUCUAUAUUUGCUAUAUUUCACAAAAUUUAGGCCACCAGCGUGGAUAUUACAAACUUAAAUUAAAAUAUAGUUUUAAUAACUUUGCUGUUUUGAUGGCAAAAUAUUGAGAUGGAUCUUUGUCAGCACAUUCAGUACCCAAGUGCAAUGAACUAUUGUUUUUUUUCCUGCUUAUAUGUUAACCAAGAAUAUUUUAUCAAUGUAGGUUUGAAUUGUAAUUGUCAAACUUGAGCUGUUAUCAUAAAUUAAUAAGGAAUAAUGUGUAAAUAAGAACAGAUUUUUUAAUUGAAAUUUCAGUAAUUUUAGUUAAAAAAAUUAAUUUGCCAAAAUCUGUCAACUAUUUCAUAAUUGUUUAGUUGAAGAAAUGUGAAUAUCAAAUCUGUUUGGUGUGAUUAUUCAUCCACCUGAUAUGUAUAUAUUUCUAUAUUUGUUUUAAGAAAGUGUGAUGAAUAAAAAGAUGCAAUAACCAUUGCCAGUGCAUACAGUUUUGCCAGUUUUUUUAAUGCAACACAAUAGCAAUAGUAACACUUUAUUUCACAAAAUUUAGGCCACCAUUUUGUAUAUUACAAUUAUUAAUUUUAAUGUUUUUUUUUCAAUAAUCAUGCUGUGUUUUGUCUGGUCAAAGUACAGGAUAGAGACCUUGCUUUGCAUUUUAAUAAACGUAUGCCAUGGGUUUAAGGGUGGCAACAUAAGUUUUUGCAGUAUUUAAAACUAUUUGCUUUUUUUUCUGCUUCGAUUACAUCGUUAGUCAUGUAGUUCUUUUAUUUAUAUACAUGUAGUGGUGUACA